AGCACGAGAAAUGGGGAUCCCACGUGGACUACAUGAUGACAGUUCUUGGCUACGCCCUUGGAGUGGGAAGCAUGUGGAAGUUUCCCUACAUGUGUGUGAGAAACGGAGGAGGAGCAUUCCUGAUACCGUAUAUGGUAUUCCUGAUCAUCGGCUCAGUUCCCUGUGUGUUCCUUGAAAUGGCGAUCGGUCAGUUCUCACAGAGUGGAGCAGUUAAAGUAUGGAACAUGUGUCCACCGUUUAAAGGUAUGGGAAUUGGGAACGUCCUCAUCAGCCUAUUCUACAGCACCUACUACGCUGCCCUGUUUUCCUGGUUAAUCUACUACUUCUACCACUCCUUCUCUCCCAAUAUACCCUGGAGUAACUGUGACAACCCAUGGAACACACCAUCGUGUAUAACGUUCAAGAACGUCGUCGAUGACGCACAAAACAGCUCUACAAAUGUUUCCGUAGCCUUUACCAGUACGGUCAAUGUCCAUCACAACUCUUCUGUCUUGUCUAAUGGGACAAUGAAUUUAACGGUAAUCACACCGGCAGAAGAAUUCUGGACGUUAAAGGUCUUACAGAUAAGCGACGGUCUGGAGCAUCUCGGUAGUAUGCGGUGGCCUCUGGUUGGCUGUCUCCUAAUCACAUACACCCUGGCGUUCUUAUGUCUCUUUCGUGGGAUCAAGGUUUCAGGAAAGGUUGUGUACGUCACCGUUGGUGCUCCUUACAUCCUCAUCACUAUUUUCCUCAUCCGGGGCUGCCUACUUCCGGGUUCAGCUGAGGGGAUAUAUUUCUACAUGUAUCCACGUUUUGAGAAGCUGCUGGAUCCAAAGAUUUGGAUUGAGGGUUGUAACUACGCCUUGCUCGCACACGGAAUUGCGUUUGGAUGUCUUCCAACAAUGGCAGGACACAACAAACUUAACAACAAUUGCUUCAGGGACGCUUUGAUUCUAGCUACCGCUGUUGCACUGACAUCUAUAUACAUCGGGUUUGCCUUCUUUGCCAUCAUGGGCCACGUUGCUCACCUGCGUGGUGUGACUGUAGAUUCAUUCCAAUACUCAGGAUACAACCUUGGAUUCAUCGCAUAUCCAGAAGCCGUGGCUUCACUCCCCUUGCCUCAGUUGUGGUCGGUGUUGACUUUCUUGAACUUGAUUACACUCGGAUUCGACUCAUUGUUACCAUGCUAUGAGAUCGCCGUAACGGCAUUGUCAGAUCAGUUUCCACGCCUGGCACGCCGACGUUGGGUGAUCAUCCUCAUGGUCCUGGUACCAUGCUUCCUCCUUGGUCUACUCUACAUGUCACAGGGAGGAAUGUACAUGCUUACACUGGUGGACUGGUAUGCGUUCUUCCCCUCCAUAGCACUGUUUGGCAUGUUGGAAUGCUUUGUGGUCAGCUGGAUCUAUGGCACACAAAGACUGCAGAGUGUCAUAAAACUAAUGUGCGGGAAGACUGUCCCAAGGGUCAUGACCUUCAGCCUGAAGUUCAUCAGCCCAGGACUCCUUCUGAUCAUCUUCUGCUACUCCCUGUACUCCUACCGACCCCCUAACUAUGGUGACUACAUCUACCCUACCUGGGCCACGGGACUUGGAUGGAUGAUAUCCUUUGGUUCUAUUUUACCUUUACCUCUUGUCUUCAUCUGGACGGUGUACAAAACAGAAGGAAAUACAACCAGAGAGAAAUUAAAGAAGUCGCUGGAACCUAGCAUACACUGGGGAUUAUCUUCGUCGCCUGAAAACACCACGGAAUUGAUGUCCUAGUUUCAACUCCAACUCUUUCGUGUAUAGGAAAUAUCGUAUUUUUUUUCAUGUUUAUUGCAGUUGCUGGAACACAAUGGAUGUCAUAUUCUGAAACGACACCAAAACCCAAACGCCACUUUCUUAUGAAAACAUGUUGUUCAUAAGCUCAUUUUUUAAAAUUAUUGUAUUUAUUUAAAAAAUCAGUAACAACACCCAACAACACAAUCUCCACUGCUCAUCGCAACAUAACUCUAAAUAGUAGGUGCUUAUUUAGUGGUAAUAAACCGCAUCAUGUCGACGUUACAUAAUGUGACGACGGCAAGGACUGGGGCGAAAGGACAUGUCGUUCAAGUUGCCGCUACAGAGUUCAGUAGGCGUGAGGUUCCUAGAUUCCAAUUUAAGAUUUUACCUGAUUUUGACCAUUGGUUUAUCACUCCCAUUGACGUGUUGAUUUCUUUCACCAAAGGGAUGAAUGCCUGUGGCAUACAUCAAUUCCUGCUGCCACUUUUAUAAUUGAGGUAUUUUGGGCUAUUUGAAAGUAGACCCAAACAUGGACACACUCAGCCAAAGUACAGACUUGUGUACGAAGGCCUAAUGGUACCACCUUACUAGUUUAAAUGAUUUUUAAACAGACAUUAUAUUUUUUUGUAUAUUGCUAAAAAACCGCCAUGUUUUGCAUUCGCUUCGAGGAGUUUAUGUUCGUGUGUGUUGCACCCCACUAUCAAAUACAGGCCCUUUCAUUUAAGAUUUUAUGCAUUAAAUUCUUUUAUAUUCCUCAGCGUUUGAUCAUUCACACACUUUAAUUGUAAAAAUGACCAAUAAAGUAGUGUCCGAAAUAGAAAAAAACCCUGUUUUUUUCCGCAUUUAUAUGUGCAAUUACUGUAGUUAAUAUGUGAAAGUGUGUAAUAUCUGUUAAACUAAGUUCGGCCGAACUACAGCCUCAGUGGUAGGGGGAUAGGAAAUGUA